GCACCAUGGAGCCCCCAGCUGCUGGCAAUCUGCUGGAGAUCAUGGACCUGGCCCGCACCCUUCGCCAGGAGCAGCUCUUCAUCCAGCAGGAGCAAGCGGCCUUUGCCCAACUCACUGGGGCCUUGGAAACGAAUGCGGGGACCAUAACCAAGUUGGCCUUUGUGUGCGCCCAGCAACGGCAGAUCCUGAACGAGCUGCUCCUGGCGCGCACGGACCACGAUCCGCUGCUCUCGUGCCGCCGGGCGAGUGCCUACGACAGUGCCCAGUUCAUGGACGCCAAGCAGCUGCUGCCCUACGAGCACGCUUUGGCCUACGAGGAUCUGUUCAACUACCUGUACAACACGCCCUAUCUGCUGGCCCUUUCGUUGGCCACCGCGGAUCGCCUCUCGCUGCUUUCGGCCAGUCAACUGGGCCAGAUAAUCAACACCAUUGCCACGGGUCUCUAUGGCAAUGCCAUCAACACCAAGGACGUUGAAUUGCUGCUCAAAUUGCUGCGCGAACUGAUAGAAAUCCAACUGCUAACCAGCGAGCAGCCGCGUCGUUUGCUAAGAUCCAAUAGCAGCUCCUUUGCGCGACUCUAUCAGCGGCUGGUGGAGAGCCUAUUCUCCGCCAGAAUCUUCCUAACCGCCGCUUUGCAUGCUCCACUCAUGGGCGUGCUGAGUGAGCACGAGAUUUGGCUGGAUCUCGAUCCGCACAAGCUGAUGCAGACCUUUGGGCAGAAGGAGCGGGAGAAGCGCUUCGGACGGGAGGAAGACGGUGAGGAGUACCAGCGAAAUGUGGCGAGAUUUCACGCGGAGACGCUGGGGAAACUGCACUCGCAUGUCCAGGUUUUUGUGCGCAGUCUGCAGCAGAGUUGGGCCCUGUUUCCCUCUUCCCUUCGCUGGCUUUUGCAGACUUUGAGUCAGCAGCUCCGCCAGACUUUGCGCCACGAGGAGCAGGAAAUCCGCCAGCUGCUCACCGAUCUCGUGUUCACCCACUUCAUUUCACCGGCCAUUGCAAGCGCCGAUUUGCUGGGAAUCAUCGAUGUAAAUGUCAGCGAACGAAUGCGUCACAAUCUCAAUCAGAUUGUGCGACUGCUGCAGCGACUGGCGCUGAACGACGAGGACAGCGAACUGGUGCAGCUGAUGGAUCUGCUGAUGUUGGGCCAAACGGGCGAGGAUGUGGUGGCCAUACUGCCGCAGCAGAGCGACUUUGAGCGCUCCCAGCUGGCCAUCAAUCAGCGGGAACUGGCCCAGCUGGUGGAGUUCUUUCGCCUGCUCAGCGGCCGCGAGGAGUACGAUAUAUCCGUGGAGGAGCGACAGCGGCUGCAGAGGAUUCUCGGGAGGAUACCCAAGCCCAAUGUGACGCCGUCGGAAGCAAGGGAAUCGCGGGAAUCGCAGAGUCCCGAGAAGAGCAACGCCAAGAAAAGCAACAAGAGUCUGAUGAGCCUGAGCAAGGCCACCAAAAAGCUGGCCAAGGGCAUGAGUUUCAGUAGCAACAAUCAUCAUCCUGUUGUAGCGGCUGCCGCUUCAGUUGCUGUUCCCCCGCCAGAGCUCCAGAAUGGCGGCGAUCUUCUCGAGCAGUGCUCCUCCUCGCACAGCGGCAGCAACACGAGUUUGAGUUCCUGCGGCGUCGUCGAUCCCCUGGAUCCCGUGCUCGUUUUCAGCCUCUACAAUGCCGGCGCCAAGAGCAAACUGAAGCCGCUGACCGAGGAGGAGGUGCUCAAGAUGAACUGCAUCGGUCAGGAUGGCAGUAAUCUCCUGCCUGCCGUGGUUACAACCGCACCAAUGGCUCCCUCGUCGAACAAUGAUGAUGUGAGUAGUUUGGAGGCGAUGAGAAGACCGCAGGAUGAUGCUUCCAUCGGGAAUUCAGAUAAUUUGGAGGCCAUCAGUGAGGCGGCCCAUUCGGUGGCCAGUUCGCUGGAUUUGGAGGAGCAGCAGGAGCGGGAUGUCCAUGAGAACGAGGACAAUCUAUCCGAUAUGGUGUCGGCGAAUGUUUCGGGCCGUGGAACACCGAAUAUCAGUGGCCGCGAUACGCCAUCCUCCCAGGUAACCGAUGGCGAUGGCGCUGGCGGGGAUCUAGUCCACCAUCAUGGCGUCAAUUCGCGGGCGGCGGCCAAUCCGCAAAUGCAAAAGAUGCUGCUCUCGAAGGCGCGAUCCGAUAUUGAGGAUAAAUUCUGCAAAUUCGAGCUGAAGAAGUUCGAGGGCGAUGAGAAUGUGAGCAUUAUUUCGGACACCUGGUCGACGGAUGUCCUGGCCUCGGAUUCGGAGAACACGCUGGAUGCCACGGAGCGGGGGGAUAGAAACUUCUCUACUCCCUUAAUACCCUCCGCUGUUGUUCUUCCCGGCGAUAAUAACUUUGUGGUGGAGGCUUUGGCCAGAGCGGGAAGAGGAGCACCAGCGCAUCCCCAGUUGGAUGCCUCGGAUCAGCGAUCGGAGAGCAACUGGAGCACCGAUGUGCUGGCCAGCGAUUCGGAGAAGCUGGCCGAAAUCGAUACGGAUGAUAAUGUUUCCAUAACAACCAAAUCGGAUACGGCGGCGGCUUCGCAGGCAGCUGUUUUAGAUGACGGCGAUGAGGAUGAGCAGACGCCGGGCAGCAGUGGCGAUGGGGAUCCCGAUCCUGAUCCCCAUGGCAACGUCAGCGAGCGCAGCCAAGAGGAUUCGGCCUUUUUCGAUGCGGUCAACUCGUACGAGGAUGCGAAUCUCUAUCAGGGAGCCUCCUCUUUGGCCCGCAGUUCGGUGAGGACCAGCUACCAUGUGCUGGGCGGCGAGGGAAGCUUCCAGCAGCAGUACAAAUGCAGCGGAGCCAGCGAUUCCAGCGGGCGCAAGACCACUCCGCUGAUGGGCACCUCUUGCAUGCGACGCCAAACGUCGGCGGAGAGCAGCAUUAGCAAUCAGAGCUUGAAUCUGGAGGAGGAGCAUCAUCAUCAUCAUCAUCACAAUCACAAUCACCAUAGGGAGCACCACAGGGAGCGGGAGCAUCAUCAUCAUCACAGGGAGAGAUCGGCUCUGAAAAAGAAGAAACACAAUCAGGAGAAGGAAAAGGAGAAAGAGCAUCGGGAUCUCAUCGAUUUCAGCGACUGCAGCGAGGACAAGGAGGAGCUGGCCAGGAGGAUACGCUUAGAGGAUGCCGAGCAGCCACCUGGCCUGGUUCAGCAGCUCCUCGAUAUGUUCAACCAGGAUGAACAGGCAGCCAUCGCAGGAGUUCCCUCCACUAAUGUAGAACACCGACGCAUCUCUAUCGAGCAGCGAUCGGCCAUCGUGGAUGGACGACGCAACGGCAUCCUGGCGGGCAGCAUGCGUCGCCAUCAGAGCCUCAACUACGAGAAUCACGAGAUAAUGCUCAACUCCACACUCAACAUGCUAGCCAAAACCGAUGAUGACAAGCAGCAGGAGAUGCUGCUCUGUGCGCAGACGCAGCAGCUGCAGCUGGAACCCCCAGUUGUUCCAGGAGGAGCAGCUGGAGGAGCUAAUGCACCCACCAAGGCCACCGGCGCCAUACCAAAGAGCAUUAGUUUCGAUGCGAGCGCGGACAAGGAGAAGCAGCCGUAUCAUCGCGACAGGGAAAGGGAUCGCGAAAGGGAGAGGGAUCGGGAUAGAGAAAGAGAAAGGGAGAGAGAUCGUGAUCGAGAUAGAGAUCGAGAUCGUGAUCACCAUGGAGCUGGGCUGUUCAACAAGCUGAAGAUGACCAACAUAUUCAAGAAUCGCCGGGGAGGCGGUAGUGCCAAGAAUUCCAAUUCCAAUCCCUCGGUGGCCCCAGCGGAUUUACGCAGCGUGAGCUUCGAUCCCAGCGCCGGCUGCGAUAACUUCGGCACCCACUACUGUGAUACGAGCGAGGACAUCCUGGCCAAGUACCGCCGCAAGGUGAGCAGCUCCAGCGAGGCCACCAACUCGGAUUCCACGGCGGGCAACGGAGGAGCAGCAGGAGCAGCGGCAGCCGCCUCCUCCUCCUCCUCGCAUCUGCACAAGCACAUGAAUGGAGGGCAAAUUCCUGGCGUGGCCUUCGGCAGCGUCAAGCAGAAGCUGCGCACGGUGCUCUCGCGCACGGAUCUGCACAGCGGCGACUUCCGGCAGACCAGCUCCACCUCCUCCACGAUGGCCACACCGCUGCAGAUCUACCUGCAGAUCCAGCUGGCGCAGUGCAUCAGCCUGCAGCGAUUGCCUCAGAUCUCGCACGUGGCCGAGGCGCUGCGCUGCUUGGCCCAGCUGGAGCGGCCGCAGCAUGGCCAGCUGCUGGCCGAGCUGCAGCGGGAUCUGGAGCGCAGGCAGAGCUACCUGCAGUACCUGAUGCGCCAUCGCCAGCAGCUGCUGCUGCGCACCGAGCAACUCGAUCAGCUGGAGGCCCGAUUGCGCGGCGAGGCGCGCAGCAGUCAGAGAUGCCUGCUGCAGGCCCUCGUUCGGAUGUAUCUCGCCUGGUCGCGACAGCAGGAAAAGCUCGAGCAGUUCCAAACCGAAUUCGCUCAGUUGCGAGCCAGCGAUGAGCGGGUCGAACUGACCGAGGAAUGCGUGGAGUCGCUGCUGCAGGAGCUGCGCUCCAGUGCCGAUCUGCAGGACGAGUGGCAGGUGGACGCCGCCCGGGUGGCCAUCGAGCGAAUGCUGCUCGAGCAGAUGUACGAGCAGGUGAUGUUCCCCAACGAGGAUGCCGAUGUGUCGCGCGACGAGGUGCUCUCCGCGCACAUUGGCAAGCUGCAGCGCUUCGUGCAUCCCGCCCAUCCGGCGCUGUGCAUCGCCCAGGAGUAUUUGGGCGAGGCGCCGUGGACCUUCGCCCAGCAGCAGCUGUGCCACAUGGCCGCCUACAAGACGCCGCGCGAGAAGCUACAGUGCAUCAUCAACUGCAUCUCGAGCAUCAUGAGCCUGCUGCGCAUGUCCAGUGGUCGCGUGCCCGCUGCGGAUGAUCUGCUGCCCGUGCUCAUAUACGUGGUGAUAAUGGCCAAUCCACCCUUCCUGCUGUCCACCGUGGAGUACAUCAGCUGCUUCCUGGGCAAGAAGCUCGAGGGCGAGGACGAGUUCUAUUGGACGCUCUUCGGAUCCGUGGUGAAGUUCAUCAAGACCAUGGACUAUCUGGAUUAGCUCCUCUAUCUGUAGAUCUUUUUUAGCGCUUUAUCUCCACUCCACUCGAUAUUUUCUAUAUUUAUAUAUAUGUAUAUCUGUGUCUGAUAUCUGAUAUUUGUGUAAAAAUUUGUUAAAACCCUAGGCUAAGUCGAAAACUGCGGCAGAUGAGACAUAAUCCAAGUCAAUGCGACCCCAGGAAAGAGAAAAUCAAUGUGAAAUGUGAGAUGUGAGAUGCCAACGCUGAAGAAGAUGAAGAUAUCUAGAUUUAGGUUAGCAUUGAACGCUAGAAGAAGGCCUCGCCUUAUGGGUUAUCCAUGAUAUAUGAUAUAUAUAGUGAGCUAGAGAACAUAUUCUUCUAUUUAUAUAUACACGUACAUAGAUAUAUGCAUGUUUAUCGGAUCGGUCUAGGCACUGUCAUAAGUAUGUUUCGGAAACGAACAGCAACUUAAUAUUCCUUAUUGUGUAACACAAAAAAUAAAAAACCAAUAUAAUUUCAAA